AUGUUUGUCGCACAAGAACGUUUCGCGCGGCGCAUGCAUGCAGCACGAGAUCUGCAAGAUGCAACAGUGGGAAGAUCUGAAGCGCGCCAGAACAUUGCCUUGAUGCAUGGGAGCCUGGGCUUUCGCGGUUACGAUGCGGUCGAGUUGGUUUGGUGUUGCACACCAAAUCAGUGCACGGGCCAUAAAACAACGCCAUCACGGACUGGAAAUCAUCGUGACACCGUCGCAACGCUCUCAAGUUCCCGGGGUACACCUGGCCAUGCUUUGCACAAGGCUGCUGGAGGAUCUCCCACGACGUCAUCAUCUUGGUCGGGCAGUGGUAUGAACACAUCCGCGAAAGUUGAAGAUAAUGUAGAAGUCAUUUCAAUUAUGCUCUAA